CACCGGUAGAAGCGCCGACGCUGUCGCGUGAGGCGGUGAGCGGAGGCCGCAGAAACGACGCGCGGUGCCCGCUGUGCCGCGUCAGUGGUGAAGUGCGUGUGACUACGACCGUGGCACGACGGCGGAUCAGGACGCCGCCGGGGGCAGCAGCAGCAGGAACCCUGACGCCUCGGCACCGUCGCCGCGACGCCACAGCAAAGCUGACCGCCGCCAAGCCGGUGGCCUGCGCGAGAGCCGGGCCCUGGCGGCCGGCGGCUGGUGCGGCUGGUCGUCGCCCCCUGCGAGUCCGCUCUGGCUGGACGGGUCCACGGCGAGGCGCUGCAGGGCGGACGCGGCGCCGGCAGCGGCGACACUCGUGCUGGCCAUCCGAAGCAACAGCGUACCACGGCUUAAGAUCCGCACGGCCAGGAGAUCUCCGCAUUCUCCGAGGGUGAGCAUUCACGUGCAGUCAAUACCACUUAACGUGAACAGAGCUGGGCCAGUUCGCAUGACGUAGAAAUUUUUUUUUUUCGUAUUUCCACUAUGUCGGCAUGCCCCACACCUAAUAGUUUAAGCGUAUUUGUAGAGUUGAAGCAUACGUCAAAACGUGGCUACUCUGGCUUUUUUUUUUUUUUUUUUCAGAACUAUGAAUCCAGUCGGGACUCGUCUGAAUCCGCCAGUAGCACCUGUUCAACAAGAAGAAGAAACAGGGCUAUGAGGUCGGAGUGGGCAAGCACGACUACCAGACCUCAUCAGCCGCCGUCGGAGACGAACAGGAAGGAGUUUGAACCAACAGCCCACCCGGCAGCGACGACCAGCGGCUAUGCCAUGCCCUCUGUGUACUACCUGAGGCGGCGACUACUGCGGCACCACUCGUCGCAAACGGAGGAAGAUCCCUGCACAGAAACCGACUCAACGCAGGGAAGCUGUGGCUCUCCCUUACAGAAAUAUCAGCCGAGCCCUCCUCAGGCGAGGAGACGAACAAGCAGCUUCGCGGCAGCCGACGCCGUCUGCCGGGAACCGCGCACCUCGGACCUCGACUCGAGCCUCGUGAGCAGCAGCAGCGGCUCGGGGGCAGUGCCGCCAGGGGUCGCCGUGCUUCGCUUCGGAGCGCCCGCGCACACGGACAAGGCUCCGAGCCCCAUCAGGGGCGCUUCGGCGGCGCCCCAAUGCCACAGCAGCGAAGCCGGCGACGGAGCUGCGCAGUGCGGGGGCGACACGGGCUACGGCGAGACCUCGUCGUCCGAGGAGCAGGAGUCGAGCUGGAGUCGCUCGACGGAGUCGUCGGCGGCCCCGUCCUCUUCGUCGUCGCCAUCCCGCGACACGGCCUCCGGAGCGCUGGCCUCGGUGUCGGACGACCAGGACGAGACUCAGGCCGAAGACGACGACGAGGACGACGGCGAGGUAGACCUCAGCAAACUGGAGACCCGUACCCAAGCUGCGCCCUUCGAGUGGCCGCCAACGACCAUUUCGCAUGCACCGACAGGAGAGGGGGAAUUAGAGCAGGAGAGCGAGCCAGGAACGAGCGGACAAAUGACGUCCACGGAAGAGCAGCUUCAGUCGCUGGACACGGAGGACGUAUCCCAAAUGACGGCAGCCAGCGAGGACCCAGCAGACGACACCCUGGAGCAGGAACCAGCUGAAGACCAAUCCGAAGCCGAAGCUCAAGCCAUGCAACCUGCCGAACCGCCCCUGCCACCGGCACCCCAGUUCCUUAGGCCCACCAUAGAGAUCGACAGGAGUGACAUCCUCCAUACGGCCAAGCCCGAGAUCGACGAAGGGGACUUCGGCGUGGGUCCGUCGUACACCAAGAUGACCGAGGCCGAGUUCGUGGCUCGGCUAAGCAUCCACGAAGCUGCCCGUACUGGGGACCUCCACGUCAUCAAGCUCUUGCUCAAAAGCGAUCCCAAGAGAAUGGAAACUGUCGACGAACGCGGCUGGACGCCCAUUCACCUAGCCGCAGCAAACGGACACGCAGAGGUUGUGCGGUUCCUGGCAGUUGAAGGUGCGGACGUGGCUGCUCUCGACCCGACAAGCUACACGGCGAUGCACUUGGCCGCGAUGAACGGACACAACGCAUGCCUCGAGGUGCUGCUGAAGGUGGGAGCCGACGUGGACAACAUCACUGCCGACGGCUUCACGCCCUUGCACUUGGCCGCCCUCAACAACUACGCGGACUGCGUGCGCACGCUCCUCUCGUGGGGCGCCAACCUGGCGGUGGAGGACGCGCUGGGCCGCACCGUCCAGGACAUGGUCGAGGAGUACGCCCUGGACGACGUGUCGGCGCUGCUCUCCGGCCUCUGGGCGCACGUCGACAAGUACACGCAGUCUCGAAAGCAGAAUGGGCAGUCAGAGAGCAGCGGCCGGAGGCGUUCGACCCGAAAGCUGGUGCAGAUGGCGGCAGCAGCCAUGGGCAAGCGGUGACCGCGGAAGCAAACUCAUCGUGCCUUUCGACCUUCAGCCAUGGGGAUGAGAAAUGGACCGCGCCGCUCAAUGCGAACACUCCCGACGUUGCUGCGACCGAAAUGCCAAGUAACCGGGCCGGCUUGAAGGAAAGCGAGGGCGCGAUUACGGUGCCACGCCGCCAGCCACACAAAGCGUUCACUCACGCGUCUCGCCGACAUCGCGUCGCAUGGCACCUUCAUUAGACAUUAGCUCGCAUCCGAAGCCAGGAAACUUGUCCAGGUGAUCGUUGUUCACUAAACGAACAUGGGAUGCUAUUCUAGACACCCUUCCGCCAUGUUGGCGAUUUGGUCCACCCAAAUCCUAUCAAGCAAUCAGAACAGACAAAAUGGCGAAUUUGGCAACAUGGCGGAAUUUGACAGUGUUCGGAGGACGAAACUGGCUACCGACCGCCCGUGUCGUCAGCUGAGCAGCAACCCCGUGGCCCCUUUAGACGAAUGCCAAAGCGUUGAGGCGCACGCACACUCGGAGAGCACCAAAGCUGAACAACGACUGAGCUCGGUGCUGACAGUUUGUGGCUUCGGGCCUACACGAAAUGCCGGAAAUUCGCCAACAUGCGGCACAGGUGCCUCAGCAAUAGAACAUCUCAUUUCCUGCAAGUCGGUCCCGGUAACGGGCGCUGCUGCCGGAGUUGGCGCCAGAAAAACACAUUCUACAUGACACGAUUAUAGCGGUUGCAGCGUCUGACACAAAGGUAAGCGUUAUCAGCAAGACAAAGGGCGCGUUCUAUGCACUCGUACGACACAAGAGACACUGCAACCUCUGACACGAUUACUGAUCUGUGUCAAGUUCUGAGAUUAUUUAUAGUCAACAGAACAGUGGCUCUCAUUGCCUCUGAAAUGUCCGCGUGGCGAUAAUAUUGUUAUGAAGGCGCUUGUCCUUUCGUGUUGGUCGUUAUACGCGAUUCCGCGUGUAUUCGCCCUUGGUUCUCAGGGUCAAUAGCAACAAAAUUCUGAAGCCUCCACACAUCAUAAGAGGGGGCUCGGUCAAAUUUUCUCGGUGAAAUCAACCUGAAACACACGUGCACACACAAAAUGUGUUUUCAAUUUCGACAUUCAGCGCGUCUUAAUCCAUUGGACUCAAAUAAUUCGCAGCGUCUUAAAUGGAGUUGUAAUCACUGUUAAUGAAAGAAUGUUUUUUAUCCCACGUUUUCUACGGAAGUUAUGAACUGAAGGGACCACGAAACGGGGGAGUUUUUUUCUGGCGCCAGUGGCGGUUAUCGCCGCGAUAAAUUCGUGACAACCUCACUUCAACACCGCUCGAACUUGCCGCAAAUAGCCCGCAGGACAAAUCCCCACACAAAGCGGCGCGAGUGAGUGCAUCGUAACUAGUACGACGAUAACGAAAAGGUGCUGUGAUCGCUGUUUGUGCGUCGCCGCAAUGAGCGCUUCCAUCACAGCCAUAUGCGAAACAGACUGCACUGCAAGCUUCACGUUUAAAAAACCAGCACGCUUUAUGUGGACCAAAAUUUCUUACGGCGAACGGUUGAGGCAGCUCCGAUCUAAAAGAUGCGCUAGCGAAGGCCACUCCCAGUGCAUGCAGCGAUUAUUAUGUGGAAAUACAUUGUAUGCCAGAGCUGAAUAUACACAGGGUGUCCCAGCAAGCUCCAGCAAAGGUUUUAAAUGUACGCCGCUACACUAGGGGACAUAACUAAAUGCAUGUUGAGGGCCUCUCUAUGGUGAAAGUAGAAUUCUCUUUUUUUACAUUCUUGCCAAUAACGGAGAAUUAUUCAGCUUGGCGAAUAUUAAAUUCGGGAUCUGUGUGAGAUGUGCAUAAUUCGUUCUGCAACUUUCUCAGCAUAGAAAAAUAUGACUUGCACCACAGAGAGUCCAACAUUGUUUUGGUUUCGUCUCAUAAGGCCUACCGGCACAUAUCUUUAAAAUCUUGGCUGAAAUUAAAGCUGGGAUACCCUGUACAUUGCGGUUCAACCAGCAUAGAAAUUAUAUGUAAAAUUUGGCUAGAAGUAGAUGGCUCGUGAUUUGAACGUCCUUCGAGCUUCUUGCGUUAGCGCCAUUAGAAAAUUCGUUACGGCGUUUGUGGUCUCGAGCUCUAAGGUGAAAAUCCAGAAUACGCUUAUGUAGGAAGCCUCCUAAGCUGUGGAACGGACCUCCGUACAACAGUUUUUAAAGCUUCCUGUGUAAGGAUUAGUUUGCAAUAUGCAAAACAAAUCACCUAUCUGAGCUCGGCGAGAUACAUACGCUAAUCAACGGCCUUUGAAUUAGGACAGCGAAGAUUACUAAAAAAGAACUUUGAGAUAUAUGAUUGAAGUUUAGGUCACUGUAGAGAAAUGUGAUAAAAGCAGACAACAGAAGUGUGCCGAUCGCGUGCAGUGUAAUCAUCAGCAAAGCAAUACAUUUGCGUUGAGCGAUGUCAUGCUACUGCCGGUCAAAAGGAGGUGUGCAGGUUUUGAAUCGCAAAUGGCACGAGUGAGGAAGUUGCUGCAGGCACAAUAGAAGCCACAGUCAGAGAUGCGCGCUACAUAUGCAACCGGGAAAUCGGUUUACUUGUUGCCGAAAACGCGCCGUAGAUGUAGAAACCGCGGUGCUCUCACAGAGAGCGCAUUUCGAACAAAACAGACCAGCGAUGCUGCAGUAUUGUUUCGCCUUUGAGGCGAGCUGUUCAUUCAUUCAUUCGUUCAUUCAUUCAUUCAGCUGUACAUUUAAUAAUGGGACAACGCCUGCUGUGCGCAGCGCCUGUCCGCACUUUCCUCGUCGCUAUAAUAUCCGCCUUUCUACAGCGAAGACGCGGUGUACGACUCGCCCGCACGGAGCUCGUGCUGUUUCAUGGGCCUCGAUUCCGCCGAGAUUCAUUAAGGAACUGCAGUCGCAAACACAAGUGCGAAACCAGCAAAAGCGGCACCAAAGCAGCCCAAAGGGGCUCACGUGUUGUUAAAAAAAAAGAUAAAGAAAGAUGCCUCAAUAGGAAGUUUUAGCUUGUCCCAAAACGUUUUGCUCUUUGUUUAGUACCGAGUUACCGUUGCCGUAAAUGUGGCCAGCCGGAUUGGCGUAGAGUUUACCCAGAAAGGGGGAAAACUAUUAUGGCAACAAUUAACCACAUUCAACGUUUCUGCUAUUGUAAAGCGUCGGCAACAACGUAAUUGUCAACCAGUGUUGUGCGGAACGGCGUUCCUGGAACUACACGGGGAAGGCGGGAGAUGGAAAUUCAAGACAAUGAGGAAAACAAUGACAAGGUGAAAGUAGGAGCAAACGUUUCGACAAGUGGACUUGUCUAGACAAGUCCACUUGUCGAAACGUUGGCUCCUGCUUUUACCUUGUUCUCGUUUUGCUCAUCGUUCCUGGAACUGAUUCCUUUUGGGACGAACGGAGGGACGCCACCGUUCCGUUAAGGGUAGGUGGAAUUGUAACGGUAACUCGUUCAGUUUACAAAGGAACGGCAGAGGGAACGGCGUUCCUUCUGUAAACGUUCCAUGGCAUUGAACAGACGCACACACGUGUACGCAUCACAUCAUGCAGGGCGGACACCAACAUCGAUAUGUAACUCUUGCUGAGUUCAAACAAGGGACUUUGCUAAGUUGCGAAUAUGUAUUCUGGACAUUUUUUCCCUGAAAACAUGUGCUCCCUGAAAAAGAUUGUCUAGGAGCGUUUCAUUGGAUUCUUUUAUCUCCAGAUAAUCUGCUGCCGGCGAUGUUCAAAUUCGUGUAGUAUACGUAGUUCGAUGUGAAGUUUAAAUUGCUCACUUUAUUUCGCCUCGGGAUUAUCCGACCCUAUACCUUAAUUUUAAAAAAUCGAAUGUAGCGUUAAUGUAACGACACGUUCCAAUGUUCGAAGUGUAACUGGAACGCAUUCCUAUCGCAUUAAAGGAACUGGUAACGGGAACUUACAAGAUUGGGAAGGAACGAAGAACGAUCUUUCGUUCCUGCUUUAUAGGAACGUGUACAACACUGUUGUCAACAUGCAGUUCAUUUUAACUUUCCUUAAUAUGUAAAUAACGUACAUAAAAUAACUCACGUACAUAACACAGAAAAGCGUCUAACUCGUCAUUAGACAAACCGUCACAAGAUCUCGCUACCAACAUUACUACUGAUGUCCCCGUCUCCGGUAAUCCGGUAUUCCGUAAGAGCUUAUACAUUUGCGGACAAGCUACAACUCUAUAAAGAGCUUACUUUGCAAGGCCUGCUGUGAAAUAAAAAUGCCCAACAUAGAUGGCGCUUAAUGUGCUGCAAUUGCGUGUUGUGUACGUUGUGGCACGGCGAACGCGAGCGCAACCGUGUAAACGAGCCUGCGAUUCGCGAAAGCCGGUGGACAUUCAGCGUUUGCUUGUCGCCAUUAGCAAGACACAUUGCGCUUGGAACAUAAAGUUCGCCUAUGUUCGCAACAACCCAUGAAACUGCACGAGUCGCGUGUGUUACAGCGGGCCAAACACUGUGCAUUCAUAGAGCAAGUGUAUACGCAAUUUCCGACCACCAUAGUGCCCACCUUUCACUUACGAUCACUCCUCAAGGUGCACGCAGUUUUCGACAUCAUGCACACAACUUAGCCUGAGCAAUAUAGCCUGCGCUCCGCAAAUGCACCACCUAUAGCACAGUCCAAUUUUACAGUUCUCGUGCUUACAAGGUCCACGCUAAUAUGCAUAUUGAUCCUUUAUAACUUCCCAGUAGUUCGCAAUUUUAUUCCUACUUAUAUUCAGCAGCACAGAGUAGACAGCGACGUCUGCAGGUAGCGCCUCUGUACAGGCAAGCGAUGCAGGUUUGUUUCCGUUCCUCCACACGGAAAAAGUAAAUUCUUGAUUCAGAGGAGCAACACCUUGGGACGAUUGUGCACUUUUGCUUUCCUCCUAGCAAUGCUUACAUUGAUUGAUUGAUUGAUUGAUUGAUUGAUUGAUUGAUUGAUUGAUUGAUUGAUUGAUUGAUUGAUUGAUUGAUUGAUUGAUUGAUUGA